AUCUAAUCGUUUCCCGGCGCCAUUGAUUGCCGAUAAAUGUAUAUAAGUACCACAAGGUGUACUCAACGCUUCGCUAUUUACUACCAGACUAGUCAAAGUGCAAGAUGGCAGCUAUCGCCAGAUUCGUCCUCCUCGCCGCAGCCGUUCUUGCGGCCACCCAGGCAGCCCCGGCCGAAAAGUCCUCUCCCUCCAAGAUUCUUAGAUCGGUCACUGAUCUGAUAGCCGUCGUUGAAGAGUAUCAGCCUCGAUUCGAAGAGCUUAGCCUGGAAAAGGAUCAAAUGCUAGCCUUCGCACGAACUGCCCUUUUUGCGACAUUCCGCCACAUGAACGAAGAAAUGCUGAUCAACUUUGGUAACACCCGGAACGCGAUCGAGUACGGAUUCGACGAGACGCGAGCAGAAAUCGCCGAUGAUAUUCUAUCUGGUGGAGACGAGGACUGUCUACUGAAUUUGGUGUCUCUUAUAAUUGAUGAGCAGCGCGAGUUGGCAUCCCGCAUGAGUGAAUGCGCCAACACUAGCAACCAAGAUAAGGAUGAGCUCGCGUACUCUUUCUACGAAGUGCUCGAGUUGCUACAGCGCAUGUCCACCAGUCUCACGGAGCAUCUUUUGUGGACCUUCAGCAAUUACAACUCGUUUGUAUCCCCGGCCGAGCAUGCCGACUUCAUCCAGCGCAGUUUUGAAGAGUCGGUAGAUCUGUGGAACAACGAAGUCCAGGCAGUAAUUCAGUUCGAGAUCGAUGCAAUGGAAUAUAACCGACCGAUUCUGGUGGCGGAAAAUUUGGAGUGCUUAAACCGGGUCGCGGAACAGGUGCAACCGUUCGAUGAGGAAAUCCGCAGUCGUAUUAGCACGUGUGUUGCCCCGCUUAAGAAGUAGAGCUUAGUUUAGAUGCUAAAUGGUAUGGAACUUUUCUUUUAGAAGAAGAGAAUGCGUGAUAAGUUUUCUAAUUUUUUUCAUAAACUUAUUAUUACACUAUAAACCUUA